AUGCCCAACGUGAUUACGUCACCUCUGGAUGGCGUCUUCACGCCGCGCACGUUGCAGAUUUUGGGGCUGGGGUUCACCCAGCAGCCUGAUCCAGGCCGGCAGGAAACGGGCCUCUCGAGAAACGGUCCCUUUCCUGGUGUAAUUGACCUUUUUGGUGGCGUCGGUGGGCUGGUUGAAUUUCGGGCCAGUCUUCUUGCCAGCCGGGGGUUUGCAACUUUGGCUCUGGCCUAUUUUGCUUACGAAGAUCUGCCCAGUUUUCUGGGCCCAAUGGAUUUGGAAUAUUUUGAGGAGGCUGCUGAGUUUCUCCUGAAGCAUCCCAAGGUUCGUGGGCCAAGCCUCGGUAUAGUGGCAAUAAGCAAAGGGGCAGAGAUUGCAUUGGCCAUGGCGACCUACUUGCCACAGAUUGGCGCGGCGGUUUGCAUCAACGGGACCAACGCCGUCCACGGAAAUCCUCUCUCUUACCGAGACCUCUGCAUCCCGCCGAUCCCAUACAAAAGAGAAUGUAUGCUAAUAACCGAUCAUGGCGUUGUCGAUUUCUCUAACCUUUAUGAAGACCCAGGAGCAAAGCUGCAUCAAGAGAGUGUCUUACCCGUGGAGAAAGCCCAAGGAAAGAUCCUCCUCAUUGCAGGAGAAAGUGACGGGAACUGCAAAAGCAAGGCUUUUGCCACAGCAAUCAUGGAGAGGAUGAAGAAGCUGGGGAAAACCCACUGUGCCCUUCUUUCCUACCCAAAGGCUGGGCACCUGAUCGAACCCCCAGGCUCGCCAUUCUGUCACCAUUCCUGGUUACCUGCUUUCUCCCGCCCUGUUUUGUGGGGAGGGGAGGCCCAAGCCCACGCUGCAGCACAAGUCCAUUCUUGGAGUGAGAUCCAGAAAUUUCUCCACCUCCACCUUGGUCCAGCCAAAUCCAGCAGCCUUUGAAACCUGCACCUUGUGACCUGAGGCAGACCCUUCAUCAAUGUGACACUAAACCAAUGAUUUACCAGUGUAUAUGUUGAGAGCAGACGUCUGAGGAGCAGAGAUGGUUGAGCAUUGCAAAGGAAUGGAAGAUUAGCAGUCACUGAUGCAAUUUCUAUGCAGACCUCUAAAUAUCAGGUGUGAGGGAGGGGGCUGAGCAACAGGUGCUGGGGGGUCAUCUGCAUGCCCUGCUUCAGGGGGCCAAACUAGACAUUGCAAGCAGGUCGUCACUUUCUAAAAAAAAUCUGAAACCAACUUUGGGGAGGGCGAUCCAGAACGGAAAAGCAUUGAGUGGGGGAAGGAUAAAGCCGUUCCCCGAAUCUUGGUGAGACCGUGAGCACUUUUUGGAUUUCUUAAGGAGGCACGGUGGGCCUGCCACCAAACGACCACCAUGGGGGCUUUCACAGAUGGUUGUCAUUGGAAGUUGGGGCCCAGUCACAAAGUGUUGGGAAGCUGCAAGCCAAGCUUUUCCCCUACAGUUUCUGAAUGGCCGUUCCUUUGCAGACACCUAAGUGAUACUUCAUGGGUUCUUUCAAAGCAUCAGGGAGGUGGAGGGAGGCUAGGAGUGGCUAUUUGAUUGGAGGAAGAGAUGCUUAUGCUGAGGAAAGAAGUAAACACCAAGAAACUCAUUGGUGGGCAUGUUGGCACUCAUGAGCAGCAUGUUGGAGUUCACUGGGAUAAAGUGUACCAUUCUGUUCCCCCCCCCCCAUUGUUCCUUGUUACCUUUUCAAAAAGGCUGCCUGGAUCACAUGCACAUAGAAUGCCAAAUGUGACUGUCUCCUUUCAAGGAUCUGGAUGGUGGCGGCCAGAGGCAGAAUAGUUAAUCAGAUGGACGUUUGGUCUGAUGUAGCUUGGCCAUUUUUAUGGUUUUUAAUCUCUCCUACAUGUCAAAAUUAUGUAAUUCCAUAUCAUUAUGGAAUUAUAGUAGUUGGUGUUGAAAUACUACGUGAAUCUGCAAAUUGCUGGUAUAGCACCUUAUUUUCGGACAUCCCUCUGUUGCGCCCACUGAUUUGGCUUUGCAGCCAGCGUGGUGUGGCGGCAAAGAGUGGCUGAUCUGGAGAAC